GGCGCCUGCGCGCUGCGCCCCCGGCCUGCGCGGGGCCGGGCGGUGUGGCGGCUGUCGCUGCCGGCGUGGGUCGCCGUGCCUCCUGCGCUUCGGCUGUCGGGCGCUCGUUCCCUCUCCCUGUGCUCAGCGCCGGCCCCUUCUUCCUUCCGCAGGGCCCUGCAGGCGGUUUGAAAUUUACCGCAGUCUCUCACUCGGGGUCUCGAUGUGGCCGUAAGCGCCCGGCGCUGAAGGGGAGGAGGCAAGAGCGCGGGGCGGGGAGAAGGAGGGCGGCCUGGAGCGGGGCGGCUCGUCUGCCUGCGGCUCCGGUUCCCCCAACCCCUCUCGGGAAGAGGUGGGAGGGGACGGUGGAGAGGGUUAAGUGAGGUAGCAGUUCCCUUUGCCGCGGCCCGUGCGCGACGGGCACUGCGGUUGCCCUGGGGCGGCUUUUGCCACGGUUCCCCUAUCUCUGGGCGUAGGGAGUGAGGGAAGGAAGUGAUUCCGGGAUCCACAAACCCCUCGCACCCCUGGAAGCGGUGGAGGGAAGAGUGAAACAAUUUCCCCCUCCCUCCUGAGGCGUCCCGGUGCUGCGGCAGGCUGGCCCGCAGAUUCAGAGGAUAAAAAUGGGAACUCCUGGAUCAGGACGGAAGAGAACUCCAGUGAAAGACAGGUUUUCUGCAGAAGAUGAAGCUCUAAGCAGCAUUGCCAGAGAGGCAGAAGCCAGACUUGCAGCAAAACGGGCAGCUCGAGCAGAGGCAAGAGAUAUACGUAUGAGAGAGCUGGAGCGACAGCAAAAAGAGGUAUCCUCUGAUUUUUCUGAUCAAAGUGAAACUAUUGCUGACUAUUUUAGUCGUUCCAACCGCAGGGGAAGCGUUGUUUCCGAUGCAGAUGAUGGCCAAGUUUUGAAUAGUCUGGAAGAAAAGAGUGAAAAAUCACAUUCAGAAAUAUUUUCAAGGCCCUCAUCUCGCAAUUCAGUAAGCACAACUCCUCUGAGUGGCAGCUCAUCUAGGAGAGGAAGUGGAGAUGCAAGCAGUUUGUUGGAUCCUGAUGCCUCCCUCAGUGAAUUAAGGGAUAUCUAUGAUCUUAAGGACCAGAUACAUGAUGUAGAAGGGAGAUACAUGCAGGGACUUAAAGAAUUAAAGGAUUCACUAGCUGAAGUUGAAGAGAAGUACAAGAAAGCUAUGGUUUCCAAUGCUCAACUAGACAAUGAGAAAAACAACUUGAUUUACCAAGUGGAUACUUUAAAGGACGUUAUUGAGGAGAAAGAAGAACAGAUAGCAGAGUUCUAUAGGGAGAAUGAAGAGAAGUCAAAGGAAUUGGAAAGACAGAAACACACCUGCAGUGUUCUGCAGCAUAAAUUGGAUGAACUUAAAGAGGGCCUUCGACAGAGAGAUGAAUUGAUAGAGGCGAAUCAACGUAUGCAGGAGAAUAUAGACUCCAUAACCAAAGAAGUGUUUGAUCUCCAGGAGACAAUUAAUUGGAAAGAUAAAAAAAUAGGGAAACAUGGAUUAGUUAUAAUUCCGGAUGGCACACCAAAUGGUGAUGUAAACCAUGAAUCAGUGGUUGGUACAAUAACAGUCGUAUCACAAGAAGCUGCUCAGGUCUUGGAAUCUGCAGGAGAAGGACCACUAGAUAUCAGGCUACGAAAACUGGCUGGAGAAAAGGAAGAAUUACUGUCCCAGGUUAGAAAACUGAAGAUGCAGUUGGAAGAAGAACGACAGAAAUAUUCUAAAAGUGAUGGCAUGAACCCAGAUACAAUAGGCUUGGAGAAUGGCUCUGACUUGCAGCUAAUUGAAAUGCAAAGAGAUGCCAACAGACAAAUUAGUGAAUAUAAAUUUAAGCUUUCAAAAGCUGAACAAGAUAUAACUACUUUGGAACAAAAUAUUGGACGACUUGAGGGACAGGUUGCAAGGUAUAAAAAUGCAGCAGAAAAUGCAGAAAAAGUAGAAGAUGAACUCAAAGCUGAAAAAAGGAAGCUUCAGCGAGAGUUAAGAACAGCACUGGAUAAGAUAGAAGAGAUGGAGAUGACCAAUAGCCAUUUAAUGAAAAGGCUGGAGAAGAUGAAGGCAAAUAGGACUGCGCUUUUAUCUCAACAGUGAAAUGGAAAUUGAAAAUACGAUGCACUGCUCCUUGAAUAACUAGUCCCUAGCUUGUUUAUACAUACAGACUUUCAGUGGCACAAACUAUUUGAACACUGAGCUGUUCACUGGUGGUUUAGUUUCAUAAUUAAAUGACAUACUUUUUGUAAUUUAUGAGAGAAUGAAAUGUAGUUUGAAUUCCCAUGUGAAUGACAACAAUUUUUUAGUAGUGUUUGAUUCUAGAGUCAAAGAUGGAGCACAAUGCUGUAUGUUUUUACAACUGUGGAAUCAAGUUUACUCACGAUCCUUUUGGCUGCUUUAAUGAUGCUUGAUGCUCAGAGACAGCUGCAUGAAUUCAAGACACUGUAUUAUGAAACUAACAUAUACUUGCUUAAGACAUCACACAGCACAAGUGCCUUUUAUCUGGUGCAAUUUAGUCUUCAUUGUUGAAAUAACCUUUGAAACCAGAAAGCAUUUUAUUUUAAGAUACAUUUGGGGUUUUCCCUAAACUUUAUACAUUUUGAAAAUACAUUUUUUAAAAUAUUUAAAUUUAUAAGAAAAAAUAGGGACUGUAUAUAAAGAUCUGCUUCUUUUGCAUGGGCACAUCUGACUUCUAUGUAAUUUUGUCAAUACAAGCCCCUGAUACUCUUAGCAUUAAGAGUGCAGAUUUAAAAACGGAAGUUGUACACCAUCAAAUUGUGUCAUCUGCUUAAGUGCAAAUUGAAAUUUUAUGGGGGGAGGAACAGGGUGAGAAAUGUGGCUAAGGACACAUUUAUUAAAUGGACACUUUACUGACCAAAACUGGAUGUUUUGUGUUUU